AUGGCUGAUUUCCCGCAGCAAGGAUCGUCGACAUCCAAAAGGCCUUACAGUGAAUAUCUGGCCGAUACUAUUGCAACACAGCCAAGUAAUUCUGGGAUCCAGCAACAGGAGACCAAUCCCUUCAACAGUUACCCGCAGUUUCGGGAGUUCGAUGGAGGCAUACCCGAUUUGGACUCUAGAACAUGGGUUGGGCAGCCACAACCUUCGCCACAUGAUUUCAAUAAUACUCCUCUUCAAACUUCUUACAUCAGUGGUAACACUCACAACAACUAUGGCGGAUAUGGGUACGUAACCCAGCAGCCGUCCUUUCCCCCAAUGGUCUUUGCCACGCCGGGAGGUAUCUUUCCAAGCGACCCAUUGCCUGAGACUCAGCAACAAUAUCCUAUCAACCACCAGGAAGGUGUCCGGACAAAUCGUCAAAACUACCAAGCCCUUAUGGAACCCUCUCUUAGCUUUGAGACAACCAGGAUCCCCCAGUGUCCUCCCGAACCAGAACUGGUUUGCUUUGGCAUGAUCAAAGGCUUAUCUGCCCGAUGUCGGCCUUCUGUUAACUACUCUCUUUCCGAUAGCGUGAAGCUUUUAGAUGCUGAGAAAUUUAUUGGCUCUGACGAUGCUUCAAUAGAAGGGAGGGUCAACUAUGAAUUCACCUACUUGACACAUGCUCUAUUCAUUCAGAGUGAGCUUGUGCUCGAAAUUAAUUGUUCAACUUUGGAUAGUCCUUCCAAGCCAGGACCGCAAAUCCCAGGAAAGCGUAUUCCAGGCUACUCGGCACAAUGCACUUUAGAGAUUAUUAUUUAUGGGCCUCCAGAUCUAUCUCAGGAUGUCGGCUCCUUCUUCGAAGAAUACGACCUCUAUCUACAAGAUCCGGUAAACUGUAAGCGGAAUGUGCGAUACCAUAACCCCCACAGAUUAUCGGUGAAUCCGAGUGAUGUCAAGUAUACAUUCGACCUGGGCCAUGCAACUGCACCAUUGGCCAGCAAGAUUGAUAUCAACGAUCAUUCGGAGCUACUUGAUAUCAUAUUCUCGCACCAAGACCUUGCAGAGGCGGCACAACCGAGAUCUAUCAGAACACCAUUGAAGCCCCAUCAAAAGCAAGCCUUGACAUUUCUGCUUCAAAGAGAGUGUGGCUGGGCAUGGGAUGGGUGUCGACCCGACAUAUGGGAAGUGAGGGACAAUGGCCAUGAGUCUUACUUCUGCAACACAGUUUCGGGCGCAGUACAAGUUGAGCAACCACCUCAGUUUUAUGGAGGAAUUGUCGCCGACCCAAUGGGGCUGGGUAAAACACUCAGCAUGAUCGCACUGGUAGCAUCCGAUGUCCGUGCGGAGGACAUUGAGCCUUCUUCAAUUCCCGGUGUAGAUAUUGAAGUCUCCUCGGGCAAAACCCUGAUUAUCGUUCCCGCCCCGCUGAUGGGUUCCUGGGAAGAACAGCUUCAGAGGAAAAUAGCCGACCCAGAACCAGCUCACUACAUUCGAAACACCAACUCACAACUCUCUCGCGCCAUAUGCAGUCUUGAUUCUGUAUCCAGGUGGGCUGUCACAGGUACACCCAUACAAAACAGGCUAUCGGAUCUCACGGCUCUAUUCAAAUUCUUACGUGUCUAUCCAUAUUCGGAGAAGAGACAUUUUGACGCUGACAUCUCAAGUCUAUGGAAGUCCGGCAACGAUGAGAAAGCAGUCCAGCGGUUAAAAAGGAUUACCAGUUGUCUCCUGAUCCGUCGCCCAAAAACUGUCAUCCAAUUACCUCCUAUUCAUAAUCUACAGCUCCAAGUGGAAUUUACAACAGCCGAGCGACAACUGUAUGAAGAUGUCAGAUUACAAGUACUUUCCCAGCUCAAUGACUCAGUCCCCGCAUCUUUCAAGUCUCUGCAGCCAAGUUUCUUCAUCAACAUUCUACAAAAGAUUGAGGCCAUGCGCAUGAUAUGCAACCUCGGUCUUCAUUAUCAUUUACGACACGAGAAGCCAUCCUUCAAGGAAUCAGCUGAUGAUUGGCAAUCAGAAGCACAGAAAGCGUUCAACCUGAGACGCGAAGAAGGCGUUAUUCAGUGUCGAAUAUGCGGUCUUCGCCUCGACGAAAUGGAAAGCCUUGUCGACGAGGGAUUGCAAGUAGGGAUGCCCUGGUUCUCUCGUUGUCUUGCAUUCCUAUGUCCAGUCUGUUCUCAAAGUGAGACUAACCGAGAGAACUUCUGUCCUCAUAAGCCAAUAUGCUGUAUCGCCAAGGUCAAAACAGACACCCCGUUCUCGGAUUUGUCGGUGGGCAUACCAGCUUAUCCUCACGAAAUACCCUCCAAGGUGGCAAUGUUGCUGUGCGAUCUUAAGAGGCAGUCUCCACAAACUAAAUGCGUCGUUUUCUCUUCUUGGAGGACUACACUCAACGUCAUCCAGGCCAGUCUUGAUCAUGAGCAUAUUCCUUGUCUGAGAUUCGACGGCACUGUUAUGCAGAAGGAAAGGCACAACGUUAUCGAGAGGUUUCGGAAUGACCCUCAUAUCAGGGUUCUACUUUUAACCUUAACCUGUGGUGCAGUUGGGCUUACAUUGACGGAAGCUUCCCGAGCUUAUUUAAUGGAGCCAAGCUGGAAUCCGACACUGGAAGACCAGGCGCUGGCACGAGUUCACCGGAUUGGGCAAACCCAAGAAGUGACUACAUUGAGGAUGUUUGUGCAGAACUCCUUCGAAGAGAGAAUUAUAGAGGCACAAGCCUCCAAGCGAGACCUAGCGCGAAUCCUUCUUACUCCAUCCAAUGGUGAUGAAAACGAAAGCGAAUCUGGUUUGAAUCGAUUGGAGUUCCUGCGCCGCUUAGUUUAA